ACAUGGUGCUUCCCAGUCCGGGUGAGAAUUGUCAACACAUAAGAUCGGUUCGUUACAUAGUCCUCCCAGUUAUUGAAAUAUCUCGACAACAAAUAGAGACAAUGAAGUUCGUGAGAUUCAUCAUGCAAAACGCUGCGUUGGCCAGCGCACCGAAACACAUCGACCACUUCUCUAAAUUCUCGCCUUCUCCACUUUCCAUGAAACAGUUUCUGGAUUUUGGCAUCCUGCCGUGAACCCGUACCAAUUUCCGUAACCCGCACCCCGUCCUGUUACCUGCUUAACUAGUUCCAUCAACGCCUGUGAGAAGACGUCGUUCGUCUUCUUGCGACAGGAGCUUCCCGUCAGACUCUCCAACAUCAUGAAGGAGAUCAACCUUCUGCCGGACCAACUGCUCACCACUCCGUCGGUGCAGACCGUGCAGGGAUGGUACAUCCAGAGUUUGAUGGAUAUUCUGGAGUUCCUAGACACAAAUCCUGAUGACCACAGAACGUUGGGAAACUUUGCAGACGCCCUGGUGAUGAUCCGGAACAGGCACAACAACGUGGUCCCCACCAUGGCCCAGGGGGUUCUCGAAUACAAGGAGACCUUCUCCCAGGACCCGGUCACCAACCAGAACAUCCAGUACUUCCUGGACCGCUUCUACAUGAGCCGCAUCUCCAUCCGCAUGCUGAUCAACCAGCACAGUCUUGUCUUCGACGGAGACACCAACCCCGUUCAUCCCAACACCAUCGGCUGCAUUGACCCUCACUGCACGGUGGCUGAGGUCGUCCAAGAUGCCUACCAGAGUGCCAAGAUGCUGUGUGAGCGAUACUACCUCAUCUCUCCGGACCUGUUCCUGCAAGAAGUCAAUAGUAAUAAGAAGAACCAGUCGGUCCACAUGGAAUAUGUGCCUUCUCAUCUCUAUCACAUGCUGUUUGAGCUCUUCAAGAAUGCCAUGAGAGCCACGAUAGAGCACAAUGAGGGAAAGACUUCCCUGCCGCCCAUCAAUGUGAUGGUGUCUCUUGGGGGAGAGGACAUGUCCAUUAAGGUCUGUGACCGGGGGGGCGGAGUCCCGUUCCGUAAGAUCGACAAGCUGUUCAGCUACAUGUACUCCACGGCACCCUCCCCCCAGCUGGACGACCACGCCCGCACGCCGCUGGCUGGCUUCGGCUACGGCCUCCCCAUCUCCCGACUCUACGCCAAGUACUUCCAGGGAGACCUGCAGCUGUACUCCAUGGAAGGCCAUGGCACGGACGCCGUCAUCUACCUGAAGGCGCUGUCCGAGGACUCGGUGGAGAGGCUCCCGGUCUACAACAAGACGGCCCUGAGGAACUACAAGGUGAGCCAGGAGGCGGACGACUGGUGCGUUCCCAGUACGGAGCCCCUGGAUAUGCUCAAGUACAAGAAGGCCAAGUGAGGCCCCCCCCACCUGUCCUCUCCGCCCCCGGCUGGCGUGUGGCCGGCGUGCGGCCUCCACCUCCAUGACAUUCGCCGGCCCCUCGGCCAUCCUGAAGUAGCCGGCCUCCCAGUGUUCUGUUUCUGCUGGUUUCUAGGGAGAAGCAUGCCCGUUCCCAGUUUGAUGUCCAGUGCCUUUUGGUUCUGUGGAUUCCGGAGAGUUCUCCAUGAAGACCAAAGACUUGUGUUGAACCAAAGGAACAGAAGGAGGCCCUGUUUUUAAGGGAACCUCUGUUUGACCCUUUGACCCCUCCCUCUCUUACGGGGACUGGGGUUGUAGUGUCCGCCCCCGCCCAGGUGAACUACAUCCUCCAGGGGGGGGGGGGUGGGGGUUGUGUGUGUUUUUUAUUUCUGAUCGUGCAUGAGGAAGUCAGCAUGGCUGGCUGUAGAGCUCCGUGAUUGGUUGAGCCUGUAUAGAUCGGAAUGGACCGAUGAGGACACAAAGUAAAGACUAAGUCUAAGUAUUUUAUUUCAAGAUAUCUCUUGAAACGUACAUUCGCUGAUCUCAUGUGAUGAUGAUUUAGACCGGGACACAAGCAGUUGUGUGCAGCACAAUUAAAAAAAGGCGCUAUAAAUCUCAUUAUGAGGAUAUUAUUAAGUACUUGAAAAUAUUAACCCAGCCUGUUUAAAUGUUCAGUAGCUCUUUCAAGUGCCAUAGCUUGAAGUACACAUCUUUAAUGACGGUGGGAAACUUUGGAAAUUGAACUGCAAAAGCUAAACGUAACACUUUGUGGUCAGUCAAAGGUCAAUCUUAUCCAGCAGAGUUCUGCUACGUGUUUGCUGUUCAGCCCAUGAACAUCACCUCACUGUAAUGACCUGGUGAAUCUUUACCGUAAGGUGUACUCUGUCCCCUCCUGAGCUCUUUGGACCAGGAUCAACUAUUUACUCAACGCCUCUGGUUACUAUUUCCUAGCGCAGAGAUACGCUACAAAGAAGAUUACAUUGAUAGAUGUACAGCUUUUAUACACCCACAUUUAUGGCAUUGUAUUUGUUCUUUGUUCAACCAAGUUGAUCAAAGGUAUAUAUGGUCUGAGAGACUCUCAUGAUGUAGCAAAGUGUCUUUCUUUGGGAGAUUCUAGUUCUAGCUCGCUGUGUAACAAUGUUGCCCAUCUCUAAUCCCCACGUCGCUGAUUUCAACAUAUUUUUAAAGUAUUUUUUUUACACUUCACUGUACAAUAUUUUGCUGUUGCAUUAAUAGCGUAACGAUUUUCAAAACAAAGUCCCAUUUAAUAAAACGGUUCCAGUGCAGAAUAGCUCUCGUGAUAUUCUGGUGGGCGACAUUUGUAAUACACAGACCAACCAGAAGGAGGAGGAUGAAUAAGUUGGAGCUCCUGCUUCUCUAAAUGCGUAUUGAAACGUGUAGGGAAAGAAGGGUCAAGGCAAGACGCUCACACUCCAACUGUGGAUCCCCAGGGGAUGGAUGUACAUAACGUUCAGCAUUACAGCAGCAAAGAACAAAUAUUAUAGAAACAAGAAAAGUGAUAUAAAUGUGGUGCAAACUGUGUUUAAAUAGGACAGCCUGUACCCUUGUUCCUCUGCCCAGCCAUAUGGAGGGAGAGGGCCGAGGGGGCAGAGAAUAGACCAGGAGUGGUUCCCCUGGGUCCGGUUUCAGGGUUAUAGGAGCUGGGGCAGUCCUGAACCUAAAUGCCAAGCUGUUCUGAACCCCCCCCCCCCCCAACAUGUGUAGAUCAAGUGUUGAUCUGUGGUGAAAGUUUCCACUGCUUUGGAUGUCUACUAACCUCGUGUCACAGCCCACAGAAGAUGGCUUGCCUUAUGUCCGGUUGAAAAAGGAUUGGAAUGUGUUUGAGCUUUUCUGUCACAGCAUGAAUGUUUCUGUUCAUACUUAUGAUUCACCCUUGUUCGGGGUGUCCCAGUAUACUGUAUGUAUGUUUUUUUUGGUGUGUGUACGAUGAUGAGGGAACAAUAUGCAACGUGAGGGUCAUUUUUAACUACAGUGCCAAAUGCUCAUCCUUGGGAUGGGCUGACAUGGGGUGUGUGUGUGUGUGUGUGUGUGUGUGUGUGUGUGUGUGUGUGUGUGUGUGUGUGUGUGUGCGUGUGCGUGUGCGUGUGUGUGUGUGGUAGAGAGAAGGGUGAGAGAAGGGAAAGAGAGCUAUAGACGGAAGUAGGCUCAUGAAUACAGGAUCUCCCAGUAAGAGUCCACCUCCUCUUUUAGGAGUCAUUGAUCAAAGGUGUAUACAUUAAGAUGAUAUCAUGUGCUGCUUCAGUGAUCCAACAUUGUGCUUAUCUGCUUUUGAAGAUACCGGAGAUCACGAUGGGUUUCCGUUAAUGUCCUCUGACCCCUAAUGAUUGUAAACAUCCACUGUGUGGUGGACAAAAGGAAUUUAAAUGAAUGAAUAAAUAAAUUAAAACAAUU